GCUGCACGUGAAUGGCUUCCUGUUUCUCUUGGGAUGAUAAUAAAUAGGAGAAAGACGGGGGAAAAAGUUUUGGUUUCCAUGGAUUCCGUGUCGUUAUCGUUUGUGGAAUAAAGAAAAAUGACACGAGCACAGGCCUGUUUAUUUCAAUCUCUUCUCGUGGUCUUGUUCUUCCUGGGGUUGGUUUCGGGAAGUCGAGAGUUUGAGACUUUGGCACAUUUGCGAGCGAAAUCCAGCGACGAAACGCAAACCAGAGCGGUGCUCGAGCUGCUGAGGAGGCUGUUGGGGGAAAUCUCGCGAGAGUUCGUGGUCUCCGUCAACGGCUCGCUGUCCUCGGACGGUCUGGACGUGUGCGAGCUGCGAUCAGGGAGGGACCAUGUGGUGGUGGUGGGGAGCAGCGGCGUGGCGGCGGCCGCCGGCGUCUAUCACUACCUCAAGUACUACUGCAGCUGUCACGUGUCCUGGUCUGGAGAUCAACUGCGCGUGCCCCGACCGUUACCGCGCAUCGCGGGCGUCCUGCGAAUCAGCACGCAGCACAGGUUCCGGUACUAUCAGAACGUGUGCACUCAGAGCUACUCGACCGUGUGGUGGGACUGGCCACGAUGGCAGCGAGAGAUCGACUGGAUGGCGCUCAAUGGCAUCAAUCUGCCCCUGGCUUUUACUGGGCAGGAGGCGCUGUGGCAGAAACUUUACACGUCUCUGGGUCUAAAUCAGACAGAACUCGAUGAAUUCUUCACUGGUCCAGCGUUCCUAGCCUGGAAUAGGAUGGGAAAUCUGUUUCAGUGGGGAGGCCCACUGCCCCAGUCCUGGCACACCAAACAGCUCUCUCUUCAGGUUCAAAUCUUGGAGCGGAUGAGAUCAUUGGGAAUGAUUCCUGUUCUGCCGGCUUUCUCAGGGAUCGUGCCUCAUGGCAUUAUGCGCCUGUUUCCCGAAGCCAACGUAACCAAGCUGAAGCCAUGGAGUCAUUUUAACUGCACGUAUUCCUGUGCGUACGUGCUAGAACCUCGUGACCCGCUGUUCCAGCGCAUCGGCUCUCUGUUCCUGUUGCAACUGGUUAAAGAGUUCGGGUCGGACCACAUCUACAACACAGACACCUUUAAUGAGAUGAAUCCUCCCUCCUCUGACCCAGCCUAUCUAACCUCAGUUAGUAGAGCAGUAUUCAACUCUAUGACUUCAGUGGACCCACAAGCCAUUUGGCUGAUGCAGGGUUGGCUAUUCGUUAACAACCCAGAGUUCUGGAAACCUCCACAAAUCAAGGCACUCCUCAACGGUGUACCUCAGGGGCGUAUGAUCGUCUUAGACCUUUUUGCCGAGUCCAUGCCUGUUUUUAACUUCACCCAGUCCUUCUAUGGCCAGCCCUUUAUCUGGUGCAUGCUUCACAACUUCGGAGGCAAUAGUGGCCUGUUUGGCACAGUGCAGCGUGUUAACUCUGGUCCUUUUGAAGCUCAGAAGUUCCCUGGUUCCACUCUUGUGGGCUUAGGCAUUGCACCCGAGGGCAUUGAGCAAAACCCGGCCAUCUACGAGCUGAUGGCUGAGCUGGCGUGGCAUAAAGAAGCAGUUAAUUUGACUGAGUGGGCAUCGCUGUACGCAUGGCGCCACUAUGGCAACACUAAUGAGAGCCUGGCACUUGCCUGGCGUCUGCUGUUUGGGAGCGUGUACAACUGUACCAUUCCUGCGUACAAGAACCACAACCGGAGUCCUCUGGUGCACAGACCGUCCCUGAAGAUGCAGACAGAUAUUUGGUACAAUCCUGCGGAUGUCUAUGAGGCCUGGAGGCUGCUGUUGGAAGCAGCACCUUCGCUGAUGUCUGUCGAUACUUUCCGUUACGAUCUGGUGGACGUGACGCGUCAGGCUGUUCAGCUCCUUACAACACAGUUCUACAUAGAAAUUCGAAGUUCUUUCCAGGCCGAAAACCUUCCAGAACUCCUGACGGCUGGAGGUGUGCUCAUCCACGACCUCUUACCCGAACUGGACCGCCUUCUUUCCAGUGACUCACACUUCCUGUUGGGGGUGUGGCUUGAACAAGCACGGUCCCUGGGCAUGGAUGAACAGGAGGCAGAGCUGUACGAGCUAAACGCCCGAAAUCAAAUCACUCUCUGGGGACCUGACGGCAACAUCCUGGACUAUGCCAGCAAAGAGUGGGCGGGGCUAAUGAUCGAUUACUACUUGCAGCGCUGGAGGUUUUUUGUCAGCACUCUCGUGAAAUGCGUUGACCAGGGCCAACCUUUCAAGCAGGACGAUUUCAACAAGGCUGUGUUCCAAAUUGAGAAAGGCUUCGUCUACAACCAGAAGAGGUACCCUUCCAAACCGAGUGGGGAUACGUAUGACAUCACUCGGAGGAUAUUUCUCAAAUACUACCCACAAGUUUUGAAGAUGUUAAAACCAUAAAACCAUGUAUACCUAAUUUUUUUAAUGAAUACUACACAUAUCAUUUCCAUCUGAUAUUUCUUGUCUUAUCACAGUAGUGUAUUCUCCACAUUGUGUAUGUUUUUCCAAGUCAUUAUUCUUCAAUUUUACUGUGAAUUGUACGCUCACAGUCAGUUUAAUCUGUGCCAAAUUAAAUACACUGAUUGGAUGAUCUGCUGUGGCGCUCCCUAACAGAAGCAGCCGAAAGAACAACGACAAUUCAGAUGGUGUCUCAGCAAAAGGGGAACAAGCUUCAAUCAGACUCCAACCUUCCAAAUCCUAAAGCUUUCGGCAAAAAAAGUUUACAAAAGAAAACAAACGCACACUAUCCUAUGGCCAGAGCUUCUGAGUCAAAAAAUAUAAUGUAGCAAAGAUGUUUACAGUAGCACUUUUAGAGACUGGUUAUGAGGCUGAUUUAAAAAUUAUUAUCUUCUGCAGUAUCAGAAGGCUAUGGUCAAGGCUUUCACUGACGAUAAGCCGAUCAGUGGUCUUGUUUUGCACACAUUCCAGUCCGAGUUAAAAAUUAUCCGCACUCCGGUUAUAUUAAAACUUCUGUUGGCCGCAGGGUCUUACCGGCGCUUUCCGCUCAAGGCUACUGUCUCCCGAGUCACUGAUGUGCAGGAGUGAAUGAUUUACAUCAGUUCAUUUGUAACUGCGGUGCAAGUAAAAAUAGAUGCCUUACUUGUAAUUUGCACUAAAGAAAAGCAGCGUGCAGUAAAAUUCAUUAAUGUGAUUUGGAGUUUGUGAUUCUUAAGGGCCAGAAUUGAAACAUUAUCAGGAAAAAAGGUUCAACAAUCAACAGUGCUGCCCACACUCUCAACACUUUGUUGUUUUUUAAGGUGUUAAAGCAUCCCCCCUAUAGUCCUGCUCUCGCUUCUUCUGACUUUUUGAAACUGUUUGGUCCCUUGAAAGCAGCCCUACAAGGUUAUAUUAAAACUUCGCUUCGCCGCACACUUCUGAUGAAGAAGUGAAGACAGCGGUGCAUUUGUGGCUUGCAGCUCAGCCGUAAACGAAAGCUUGACAGUAAGCAAGAAGAAAUUAUGUGGAAAAAUUAAACAUCAGUGUGGGUAAUGUUUGACUCACCCUGGUGUAUAAUAUACAAUCAUAAUGUUUAAUGGAUGCAGUAAAGAAAAAAUAUGAAAGCUUGGUGUUUACAUCUAGGGUUCUUCUGACUUUUUAGAAAUGUGGAAAAAAUUUAUGAAAUGCUAUUUUUGUACCAUGUUGAAUAAAAUCCAUUCUU